AUGCGUCGUGGUCAGCAUGCCCUUCCUGCGGCAGCCUCCGUACAUUGUUGGAGCCAGGGGCCUCACAGACUGCAGCCGACACAGGGGUUCAAGAUUGCACUGCUUAGCAGCUGCCUGGCUGGCCAGCUUGCAUUUGGAGCCUUUCCAUUGUUUCCGCGAGGGACGCUGGGUACACGAGAUAGAUGCAGCGUCAUCGCUCGAGCAGAGCCCUCCGCUGGUGAAGGUCUUUGGUCAGCUCGACCUGAGGAUCGCGAGAUGGCCAGUGCGGAGAUGCAACUUCACUUCGAACGUAACGGCUUCUGCCAUGUGCCCUCGUUCUUGAAUGUGCCUGAGGCUUCUUCACUAGCCCAGGAACUCGCACAGGUCCAGUCCUUAGAGAUCUGUGAGAUGGCAGCUCUGCAGCACGAGUUGAGGCAGCAUGUUGCCCCAUCUCUAGCAAGAUCCUGUCGUACAACGCAGGACUGCAAGCAAAUGCUGCAGAAAUAUGAGAAGUCAGGGAAGGUGAAGUUUUUGCAGUACUUCAACUUGCACCGUCACAGUGCUCUUUUGCGCCGAGCUGCUCUAUCUCCUCGCCUGGCUUUGUGGGCAGCUCGCUUGCUAGGUGUCUCCCAGGUGCGCCUUUACCAGGAUGCACUCUUCAUGAAGUACCCCCGACAUGGCCCAACACGCUGGCAUUCCGACCUUGCAUUGGCUCCCUUCGACACGAACGCUUUCGUGACUGUGUGGCUCGCUUUGACCCCGGUGCCAGCCAAAGGCGGUGCGGGACUCCGGUUUGCACAGGGCAGCCACCGCGACUACACUCUCCAGUAUCAUAGCGAUCUUGCGGACAGCUACACGCAAGACGAUUUGAGCAGCCGAUAUCUCAUUGCAGAAGGCACAGACUUAGCCAUGAACUUCUUUCUGUCCAACCGGGGAGACCUGAACCAGAGGAUGGGUGCCCUGGCCAAGCUCUCCAAGCAUUCCGCACAGUCGGAUCGUGCAGUGGAGACACUGUUCAAUGCCCUGGAUGGAGCCAUGCGCAGACACGAACAUGCCUUGGUCUGGUCGGCGUGGAUCCUCAUUUCCAGGGCGUGGGUUGUUGACGCUCCAAAUCGGAACGAGUGGCUGUUCCUUUCAUUUGUGGCAGGCCAUCUUUGCGAUGGUACAGUUCUGCUCGUGAACCUGAGAUCCUGCAUGAUGUCGAUAGUGAUUCGAGCUUUCGACCGUGGCUGCUCAGAACCUCUGGUUUGGGCACUCUGGUCCUUUUGUCUGCAGCCUUUGCAGGGCUUCGCUCGCUUGCAUGACGGAGCGUGGACUUUGGCCUUGCGGAAGUUGGCCGGGGUGUCCCCGAGAGGUGCUGAGCGUGUCUUCUGCGAGGCAAUCGCAUGCUGCAGCCGAGCCACGCAGUGGGUGUUGGCCUUGGACAUCUUUUCCAAGAUCUCUGCAUCCGGCGCCCUUCCCAACAUCUUCAUCUUCAGUGCCGCAAUCAGUGCGUGUGAGAAGGGGAGUCAAUGGCAGUUGGCACUCCUUUGUCUUUUCUCAGACAUGGCAUUUGCCCGGGUGGUUCCCAACAUAUUCAGUUUCAGUGCUGCCAUCAGUGCCUGCGAGAAAAGUGGUCGUUCGGAAGAGGCUUUGGCACUGCUGUCAGAGGCACAGUCUGCAGAGGUUGUACCGGACGUCGUUUGUUUCAGCGCUGCAAUUAGUGCAGCUGAGAAGUGUGGUCAAUGGCAAGUGGCAUUGCAGCUUCUGUCCAACAUGCUCCAAGCAAGAACUGCGUCGAAUGUCAUCGCUGUCAGUGCUGCCAUAAGUGCCUGUGAAAAGGGAGGCCAAUGGCGGAUGGCUCUCCAGCUGCUUUCAGGCAUGUCUACCCUGGAAUUGCAAGCAAACGAGGUCAGUUUCAGUGCUGGUAUCAGUGCCUGUGAAAAGGCUGGGCGAUGGCAGUUGGCGCUUGCACUCUUGUCGAGAAUGGCAGUCGCCGACCUAACGCCGAACAAGAUCAGUUUCAGUGCAGCGGUUAGUGCCUGCGAAACAGCCGGCGAGUGGCAACAGGCCUUGCACCUGCUGUCCAAAAUGUUCUCCUCCGCUACGUUACCCGAUAGAAUCUGCAUGAAUGCAGGAAUCAGUGCGUGUGAGAAGGGCAGUCGCUGGGAGAUAGCUUUGCAGCUGCUCUGGUCGAUGGCUACAGAGAGCCUGCUCCCGAACACAAUCAGCUUCAGCGCUGCCAUCAGCGCCUGCGACAAGUCCGGCGAAUGGGUGUCUGCCCUCCUGUUGUUAACACAGAUGUCAUCAAAGCAGGUGAGGCCGAAUGAAGUUAGCUUCAGUGCUGGCAUCAGUGCAUGUGAACAAGGUGAUCAGUGGCAGAUGGCUUUGGAGAUCUUGUCGGAAAUGGCGAGGGGACUAGUGCGCGGCUUUGGUCGCCGUGCCGGGCAUCCGUGA